AUGGGCCGUGGUUGCUCGUUAAAUGAAUGGACGCACUUUCAAAAGCUAUCAGAAGAAGGACGUGUAUCCAACUCAUCCUAUUGGUACGUAUUAUGUCGCCACUGCGUCACAGGAUUUGAGCAGAAACAGCUCUUGAAUGCGCCCGUUAAACUUACAGGACGACGCUCCGCCAUGCGUGCACAUCUUAAGUCUUGCCCAAUGUAUGCUCAUCAGUAUAAGAUUGAACAAAUUGCAUUGGAAAAGAAAAGUACGACUCAAUCUACUGAUGACGGGGUGUCAGCGGGUGAAAAAUGCAAGCGCAAGAUCAAGAGGAAGAGCGAUGAAGGACGUAACAAGAAGCACUGUAUGAUGGAAGAAUGGGCGCAUUUUAACCGUUUAGAGGACGAAGGAUACAUUGGCAGGUCAAAUUUCUAUUACGCCACGUGCAAAUACUGUGAGAAAGUAUAUGACGAAGCAUCUGAGGAUCAGAAACCGCUGCUUGUGCCGGAAAAACUAGUCGGCAGACGUGAAAAAAUGAGGAAACAUCUCUCAUUAUGUCGACAUUUUAAAGCAGAACUGCCGUCGCUGGAGCGUAGAUGGUACCAGCGUAGCAAUAUUAUCCCACGUGGCACUACGGUGGCCGCAGGAGCACUGGCAGUAACGCACAUGUCGUCUGCUGAGUCCAUUGUCGCUACUACUUUUAAUAACGGCUCGUCACGACUGGCGCUGGAUGAGUGGCAUUACUUUACGCGUCUUGAGCGCAAGAAAGGCAGCGCGUACUAUUAUGCGCGUUGCAAUUUUUGCCAGCAAGCGUAUGAAAAAGCGCCCGAUAGCAUGAAGACAUCAAUGAAACCGGCCAUUAUCAUAGGGCGCAAGGGCAAUAUGCAGACACACUUGGCCAAGUGUCUGCACAUGCCCAAGGAACCUUCGGCAAUUGCAAAGGUUUACGAAACCGGAUAUAGCACAAAGCUCGGCGAUGGAGCAAGUGCGGCACCAAAGCUGGACACGACCGUAUUGCCAGAACCCAAGCGUACCAAACUCGACGUGGAUAAUGAAUCGUCGUUGCCUUCUCCCGAUGAAACCUCGGUGCACCGCGCGCUGAUGCGCAUUAUUAUUGAGCACCACUUGCCGUUUGAGUGGGUAGAAAGUGAUAGUGUCAAGCAUUUGUUCUGCGCACUGGUUCCUGUAACUGGAGCCACUGGCUUGGCUCUUUUGCCGAGCACAACUGACUUACGGACGCACAUUCUGGACAAAAUUCACACUGCAACGCUUUUCAGUGAACUUACAAAGUUGCAAAAUCGCAUUCCACUCGAGCUAGGCACGUCUGCAUUCUCCAACAAUGCCGUCGACACCUUGUCUGAUGCGUCACUUGGGUCGUGGCCCGUAAUGCUGCACUGCAACUUUUCAAUCGCCCAGCAACUUGGAAGCAUGCAGGUACUAGCGAUCAACGGAGUUUUAACGAAUGGGAAGGCAAUCGUGCCACUUUCGUUCAUCCGAGCACAAAAAUCAGAAGCAGCUGUGGAGGCUGCACUAGCGCACAAUCAUGGACUGGAAGUCGCGAGAUGGUUGGAUGAACACAUUCGACUUUGUGUUUCGACGACUAAAUUGGCUCUCUCAGCGGUAGUGCUGCCGUACAACUCGAUUACUCAGCGUGCCGUGGGUAUUCUGCGCUCACCAAAACACUGGCCUCAAGUUGUCUUCCUACCUGAUAUAGAGAGUAUGCUGCAGUUUCCAUUGCUUAAGCUACUGGCGACACCAGAGACGUUUGCAGUCGUAUCCUCGCUUAUCGAGAUAUGGCAGUUGGAGUCCGUUCGCACUUGUAUGUUGGAGCGGCUGUCGGAAAUGGACAGUGACGCUCAUGCAAGCCCCUUUCGUGAUUGGGAGUCAUGUGCUACGCUUAUGCAGGUGUUGCUCGACCAUAAAAGUUCCAGUGCUAGUACGAAAAGAGGAGUGGCGACUGCUAAAAGGUUGGUGGAGAAUGCAUUCAACCACUCUUUACUGGAGCGUGUGUGUAAUUUGCUUCACGCCUUUAUGAAAGUCUUUUGCAGCUGUCGAACUGGAUUGACGCUCUCAGAAGCGAUGGUGCAAUUGAGUGUAUUGUUUACCGCCGCCAAAGGCUUCACCACAGUCCAGCUCGCGUUGGAGAUGGUAUGGAAGCAAAUGGAGCAACCUCUCUACGUAUUGGCCUAUGUGCUGAACCCACGCUUUCGGCUUCGCGACAUUAACAGCACUGCGAUCACUAAGCUUAGCACCUUGAGUGAUCUCAGCGUGUCGUAUUUUAUGUCCAUUUUCGGGCGCAAACCAAACUCACUGCGAGGAGAGGUGACAGCAUAUUUGCACGAGUCGCAGCGCGUAUUCACGACCGACUUUAUUGCCGAGUUCCCUGUCGUAGAUGAUUACUUCUGCUACUUGAGUGACAACUAUCCGUCGCUGUCCAUGCUGAUGAAAGUGCUGUGCUCCUUUUCUUCAAGCUCUAUAGCGAGUCGCACCAUACAUUCAACACUACAGAAUGGCCCCGUCAGUGGUAUGUACACUAACGACGAGCAACUAAAACUCGAUUACCUACGCGACCGAUGGGGAAUUGUACCUACUGCUUCUUUGGAGCCGAAAAGUCGAGCUGCCGUACGCGACAGCCAUAGUGGUGCAGCUAUAUUGAAUGCUGACGUCGUCGUGGAUGAGUGGAAGAAGGUAUUAGAAUCCAAGCUCCACGGACAAGGCGUGGAUCUUUCCCUGCUGGUUGACAAAGUUAAUGGCGUGGAUGACUCCGAUAGAACCGUUGAUGUCACUAGGCAUGGAGACAGUGAUACAAUAGAAGAGGUUAAUGGACCCAGGCUGCCUUUAAUGGAGCUUGACAGUGAGCUGACGUUUCCAUCAGUCAGUGUGCACACCGAGUUUUCCACGAAAGUGCCUCUCAAGGAAUUGUUUAAAACUGGAUGUAGCUGA